GGUGCAGAAGGAAGAGGAGCAAGUUGGCUCGGUCCCUGCAGAUGUGUAUGGAGCAUACAUCCAGGCUGCAGGUGGCUGGUGCCUUGCAGUGACUGUGCUCAUUGGAGUGCUUUGUGGACAAGGUUUGCAAGCCUUGUCGGGUGGCUGGAUCUCAUAUUGGUCAGACCACUCGAAACCUGACAAUCCGCACCACAUCUCAAGCCAAGUUGGACUGAUCGGCUAUGCAAGUCUCAGCUUGGCAGCAUUCUGUGGCAUUUUCCUCACCAGCGCCUUGUUCCGACUGACAGCUCUGAAGGCGGCCCGAUCCUUUCAUCGGAAGUUGCUGUCGACAGUGCUCCGGCUGCCGAUGACCUUCUUUGAUACGACACCAUUGGGGCGGGUCCUGAAUCGAUUUUCCAAGGACAUUUACACCAUUGAUGAGGUUCUGCAAAACAUUUUGUAUUCCUAUUUGCAGGUGGUCUCAGUGGUCGUUUGCACCAUGAUUGUGAUCUCAGCUGCGACGCCCUGGUUCUUGGUCGUGAUUUUCCCCUUGCUGCUUGUUUACCGGGCCACACAGAAUUUCUACAUCCCAGCAUCAAGACAAUUGAAGCGAAUUGAAUCCAACCUGCGAUCUCCUAUUUUUUCUCAUUUUUCGGAGACUCUGGAUGGCACUGCUCUCAUCCGAGCGUUUGGCCAGCAGCAGAUCUUCAUUUCAGAAAACAUGGGCAAAGUCAGUAAGAACAUGCGAGCUUACUAUUCCAAUUUCUCCUCCAACCGAUGGUUGGCAGUCCGGUUGGAAAGCUUCGGCGCAGGGAUCACAUUUUGUGCAGGCACUUUAGCCGUGGUUGGGAGACAUCAAAUCAGCGCUGGGGUGGCUGGACUGUCCAUUUCUUAUGCACUUUCAAUCACACAAGCACUGAAUUGGGUGGUGCGCAUGGCCGCCGACCGUGAGACCAGUAUCGUCUCAGUGGAGCGGGUCCGUGAGUACCUGCGCCUAGAGCUCGAGCCGCCGCAUCAUUGUGAGAAUGAUCCGGCACCCAACUCAUGGCCCACGAGUGGGAGCAUUGAGUUUCAAAAAUGUCUUUUUGCGCUACCGACCUGAGCUGCCCACGGUGUUGAAUGGUUUGAGUCUUGAGAUUCGAUCGAGGGAGAAGAUUGGAAUUUGUGGAAGGACCGGCGCCGGAAAGUCUUCGGUGCUGAAUUUACUUUUGAGAAUUGUCGAGGCAGAAUCUGGCUGUGUGAAAGUGGAUGGUCUCGAUAUCAAGACUUUGGGCUUGCACCGUUUGCGGCACAGCAUCACCGUGAUACCUCAAGAUCCAGUGCUCUUCUCUGGUACUCUCCGCUUCAAUCUGGACCCUUUGAACAAAGCAGCUGAUGGGGGACAGUAUUGGCAGGCUCUUCAACGCUCCCACCUCUCAGAUCAUGUUGCUCGCUUAGAAAGAGAGAAUGCCGAGGACGAAGGAGGUAGAUCCAAUGGCCUUGAGGUCUUUGUGCAAGAGCAAGGGAAGAACUUCUCUUUAGGACAACGCCAGCAGAUGUGUCUUGCAAGGGCCUUGAUGCGAUCAAAUCUCAUUUUGUUGCUCGAUGAGGCAACCUCAGCAGUUGACAGGGAGACCGAUGAUUUGAUCCAGCAAACCAUCAAAGAGGAGUUUGCCGAUCACACCGUCUUGUGCAUCGCUCAUCGCAUUUCAACCAUCAUGAACUCUGACCGAGUCUGUGUAUUGGAUGCCGGGAAACUGGCCGAGAUCGGAGCGCCGGCAGAUCUCAUGCAGGCGAAGGACUCUCGCUUUGCCCAGCUUGCAGCACUGGACGCCGCAUAGUGCUGCAUAGCUAUCAUAGUCUACAUAGUAGUACAGAGCACAGUCGGACAGCGGGUCCAAGACAA